AUGGCUGUUGAUGAUGGAUCCCGUCUCCCGUCCGGGGGUACGGUUGAACAGGGUGUGAGCACCUCAAAUGCGGAUCGCACUCUGGAGGAUAUGGGAUACAAGCCUGAAUUGUCUCGCAAUCGAUCGAUUUGGCAAGUCACAUUCAUGUGCUUCAUUCUUUCCUCAGUUCCCUACGGCUUGUCCACCACUCUAUACUAUCCACUCGCCGCAGGUGGGCCUGCCAAUAUCAUCUGGGGUUGGGUGAUCAUCUCUUUCCUGAUUCUGUGCGUGGCUAUCUCAUUGGCGGAAAUCACCUCGGUCUACCCGACUGCAGGUGGUGUCUACUAUCAAACAUUCGUCUUGUCACCAUUGUGGUGUCGUCGCGUCGCAUCAUGGAUCUGUGGCUGGGCAUACGUUGCGGGGAACAUCACCAUUACCCUUGCCGUCAAUUUCGGAACUGGUCUGCUCUUCGUGGCUUGUCUGAAUGUCUUUGAAAAAUCACCAGGUGUUGGAAUCACCGAUGAUUUCGAGACAUAUCAGACCUUCCUCGUCUUCUUGGCCAUUACCCUGUUGACCCACGCUAUUUCGGCCUUUGGUAACAAAUGGCUGCCGUGGUUGGAGACAUUCGCUAUUUUCUGGACCAUGGCCGGUCUAGUCGCUAUUGUCGUCUGCCUGUUAGCUAUCGCCAAGGAAGGUCGUCGCGAUGCCGCAUGGGUUUUUGGUCACUUUGAGACUCAGGCUGGAUGGCCUGCCGGGUGGUCGUUCUUCAUCGGUCUCUUGCAAGCCGCCUAUGCCACAUCAGCCACUGGCAUGAUUAUCUCUCUCUGCGAGGAAGUUCAGGAACCCGCCAUCAUGGUCCCCAAGGCUAUGGUCGGAACCAUCAUCAUCAACUUUGUCGCCGGUCUUCUCUUCUUGAUCCCCGUCUGCUUCGUGCUUCCCGAUAUCACAUACCUGGUCAACCUGGCUUCGGGCCAACCUACUCCUGCCAUCUUCAAGGCAGCCAUUGGAAACUCUGCGGGUACAUUCUGUCUGCUGAUUCCCCUCCUCGUGUUGGGUAUCAUUUGCGGUGUUGGUUGUGUGACUGCUACCUCUCGCUGUACCUGGGCCUUUGCCCGUGACGGUGGUAUUCCCGGCUCGGCUUGGUGGAGCGUCGUCAACAAGAAGCUUGACAUUCCUUUCAAUGCGUUGGUGUUGGGUAUGGUUGUGGAAAUUAUUCUCGGUGUGAUCUACUUUGGCUCUACUGCUGCGUAUAAUGCCUUCUCGGGUGUUGGUGUCAUUUUCUUGACUACGAGCUAUGCCUGUCCGAUCGCUGUUUCCCUGAUCUUCCGUGGUCGCGAGGAUAUCAAGAACGGUAGCUUCAAUUUCGGAAUUUUUGGCCUGAUCGCUAACGUUAUUGCUCUUGGCUGGAGUAUUCUUGCAAUUCCCCUUUUCUGCAUGCCGACACUUAAAUCGGUCACCAAGGAGAGCAUGAACUAUGCCUCCGUGGUGUUUGCUGGCUUCAUCAUUAUUGCUGCCGUCUGGUAUGCUAUCUGGGGUUAUAACAACUACCGUGGACCCCCAACCGACGCUGUGGAGCGAAACGAACACUCCCCUGAGCCCCCAGCCUACGCUGAGGUCCCCAAGAAGGCACUUUGA